UGUUAUCAAGCUCGUCCCAUCAAUUGGAGGUCACGUGAUUUAAGGAAUAAUACACGUAGAGCGAACGAUUGUUAUAUAGUUCUUGGACGCAAGGACAAACGGAUUGCCGUAAAGUAUUAUCGCGAAAGUAGUGAAGUGAGUUGCAAUCGACGUGGAAUGACGGCCGGAUGUUGCAGAAACUGGAUGCUGAGGGAACGAUACUGGACGGAUGUGGACCUACGCUACACACUGAGAAAAGGAUUUGGUAAUUAGUACUAAAAUUUGGCAAAUAUUUGCCCAAAUAUUGGAUUAUUGCAACCAUAUAAUUUAGUUCCGCUCAUACAUUAUUGUAGUUUCGUAUAUUAUACAUUUAUAAUACGGAACUAAAUCGCCUGAUUGUAAUUAUAAUCAAAUAUUUGGCCGGCAAAUGUUUACCAAAUUUUGAUAUAUUACCGAAACCUUUUUCCGGUACGGACAUCGCGGGAUAUCAACGCGAAAUGAUCUUUCGACAUGUCCGGAGGCCGAGCUGCUUUUGUCCAGUUGUACACGCGGAGACACGAGGGUAUGUAUGAAAAAAGCUCAACCUGGCGAACGAAGGGCCAUGGAUGAGCCGUAUCACCAGGGUGACGUCUCCUCGCCGUCGUCAUCGACGCCGACGUCGCAGAACAAGUCCACGGGAUCAAGUUGUAACGCGCAGGUCGAGGAACCCUCGAGCAAUCCGCCGGUCGUCGUGAUAACGCCGCCAUCGAUUAUCGUAAACGACGCCGUGGAAAAUGACGAUCCGCCGCCCUACAGCGCGAUCGUACCGCCGAAUCACAUCGGCUGGCCGUACGGCCCUUUUACAUUCGGCGACUCGUAUUCCACGGACAUGCCGUCCUACACGGUGGAAAUGCCUUUGGCGCCUUUCCAAACCUCCCGAGCGCCCGCGGCCACGGGUUUCCAUCCCGAAGAGACUAACCGCCAACACGCGUCGCUCCCGAUGUCCUUAACGCCUUACCGGUUCUUCAAGUUCAGUUACCGCGGCGGCUUGAGGGAAACGUGGCUCCCGGGUAACAGGAUCGGGGAGAAAAUCGAAGACAGGACAUCACGAAAAUAUGGAGCUAUUCUCAUGGCAGUGGCGGUCGUCAUCUCUCUCAUGGCUCUGUCCUUGAUAGUGCGUUUCAUUAUAGAAAGAAGUUGGUGGCGAGGAUGAAAGGUCAUCAUUGGAAUUCGUCGACCUGAUAAGACUUAUAAAAAUUUAUUGAUUAAAAAUGUAUCGAUACCAAUUAAUUUAUUUGAUUAAUUAUCGAAUUUAUGAUUAGACCUUAGUGUAAUAUUUGUUUUGUCACAAAAUUGUUUUGAACACAUUUCACGAACGUUUAUCUCACACAUUUAUAGUUAAAACAAGAAGAAGAAAAAGAUUUAUAUUGCGUUUAAGUAGAUCAACAUUUCCAUUAUUUCAAUGUUCGAAAGCACAAUCGCGCAUUUAUUCACUCUUCGACGACCGAAAGAAAAAUCUUUAAUGCGUAUUAACGAUCAUAUCCAUUUGAAUAAUAAUCAUGUUUCGCGAAGACGCGCGAAUAUCAGUUCGUUAUAAUAUUUAUGCAUCGCGUAUAUGCAAUUGUUUAUAGAUAUUUUUAGAUUGGAUUCAAAGAGGGCAAGUAGCAGAGGUUAUCGUAUUUGAUUCAGACGUUAUGUGGACAUGAAACUGUUUAUUAUUAUAUUUCUCAUUACGCACGAUAACGCAGCCAUCUAGAAAAUAAGAUAUUUAUAAGUACAGUAUGUAAUGAUUAUAUAAGUUAAGGAAUACAUUAUUCUUUCGGAUAUAAUACUUAUACUUAAGAUAGCGAUCACUGAUAUAAUGAUAAAAUGAUAGUAAAAGUAUAUAAAAGUUCUGACACAGACACUGUACGCAAUGGGAAUAUUUUUGUGUCAAAGCGAACCAGAGAUACGAUAUAUUACUAUAUAAGUAUUUUUACACGUCUACUGUAACUCGUCGUGUCAUGAUAUCAAAUAAACCAUUAAAUCAAGUUUCAAUGGCUGCGGCGAUGCUUAAUUUUGUUGUUCGGGUUGAUACGCAUUAAUUAAGUGAUAUGGGCCCCCUAUCGCCACUCGCCGGAAUGCUAUUAUAAUACUAAUUACAUUUAACAGUUUUGUCGCACCAUUGUCAUGCCGAUAACGUCAGCUUCGAGGUCGUAUUCAAAAUAGCGUCUGUGCCCCUCAGGCCAAUUUUCAAGCAAUGCGCCGCGGGGGAAAUUAAGUGAUGUAAAAUAAUUCACUAAAUGAUACACUCGCUAUUUUUCUAUUUACGCGGGCGCUUACGGGCCAUGAGGUACAUGUAUCAUUCGCGUAUUAAAUAACAAUUAAUGCGUAAGUUUGUUUUCAGAAUUGAUUUUUUUACGCCUGUAAUAAAGGGAGCGUGACAAUCCAAGUACAUCGAUAUCAAGUGCAAUUACCUAAAGGCAGGAGAUCUUAUUAUUAAGUAAAAGAAAAGUAUAAAAAGUAGGAAACAUAAUAGUAAAA